AUGGCGAUACGAAGCAGUCCUGAGGUCAAACUGACGUUGAAUGCAAUACAAAGUUGGAUUAGUGAGAACUUCCCUUAUUACAGGAAGGAUGAGCAGGGCUGGCAGAACCAAAUACGGCAGACGCUAAGCACGAAUUCAUGCUUCCUUAAGGUGCCAAGAGCUUUGGACGACCCUGUACGUGGAAACUAUUGGGCGUUGAGUUCUGAAUUACCAGCAGUUCGUACUGCCAGUGUGGGAAAUGGAAGUGCGAUCGCAUUGAUAAAUGGUGUACCACAUCCUCAGGCUCCAAAUGCGGUUUACUUCCCCACGCCCCACGAGGCUCAGCAGCACUAUCGGGACGUAUACCAGAAACUAAUGUUCCAUCAACAACAAGUCGAGUUUCUGACUUCGCAGCAAAUAUCCACAUAA